CACAGUCAGGAGGAGUCCCGCGUGAUGGAAAGAGAAUGCCUCCCAUAAGGCAAUAAAUAGUUAAGGCUACCCACCGCCCCGAAACUUCCACCGUCAAACACGCAUUCCCUCUAGAAUCCUUUUAACUUUUGAACUAAAAGUUGUCCAUUCAAAACACAAUUAUCGCACGACUCUGCAACAUUAAUCUCUCUAACCCAAAUACUUCGAUUUUUGUUUGUUUUGAAAGAAACUAGGGGCAGGGAAAUCAAUCUUUGAUUCCCACUCGCCGAGUUUGCACUGAUCCUUUUUUUCUCCUGAAGGAACCUGCUCAUCCGGUUCGAUCUCUGGCUACACCACCUAUGCCAGAGAUCGAACAUGUCCCAGAAAACGCCCUGUUCGGAAAAUACGAGCUCGGCAGACUCCUGGGUUGCGGCGCCUUCGCCAAGGUUUAUCAUGCCAGAAAUGUCCGCAGCGGGCAGAGCGUGGCCAUUAAGGUCAUCAGUAAAAAGAAGCUGUCCAGCACCAACUUGAUGUCCAACAUCAAGCGGGAGAUCUCCAUCAUGAGUCGCUUGAACCACCCUUACAUCGUCAAACUGUACGAGGUUUUGGCCACCAAGACUAAGAUCUAUUUCGUGAUGGAAUUCAUCAAAGGUGGAGAAUUGUUUGCGAAGGUUGCUAAAGGAAGGUUCAGCGAAGAUCUCAGCCGUAAGUAUUUCCAGCAGCUCAUCUCGGCCGUCGGGUACUGCCACUCCCGCGGGGUUUUCCACCGUGAUUUGAAACCUGAAAACCUUCUCGUUGACGAGAACGGGAAUUUGAUUUCGGAUUUCGGUCUCAGCGCCGUUACCGAUCAGAUCCGACCCGACGGGCUGUUGCACACCUUGUGUGGCACCCCAGCUUAUGUUGCACCGGAGAUCUUGACUAAAAAAGGGUAUGAUGGAGCUAAGGUGGACGUGUGGUCAUGCGGCGUCAUCCUCUUCGUGCUGAACGCGGGUUACUUGCCUUUCAAUGAUCCGAAUCUCAUGGUUAUGUACAAGAAAAUCUACAAAGGUGAGUUUCGGUGUCCCAAAUGGAUGUCGAGCGAUCUCAGGCGGUUCCUGUCUCGGCUUCUGGACACGAAUCCGGAGACAAGGAUCACGAUUCAUGAGAUCCUGAAAGACCCAUGGUUCAGGAAGGGUUACAAGGAACCCAAGUUCCAUGAAGAGUAUGACAAGGUUGACAAGGAUGAACCUCGGGUUACCAGCUUGAACGCAUUCGAUUUGAUAUCAUUCUCAUCCGGUUUGGACCUGUCCGGUUUGUUCGACAACUCCCAUGGUUCAGUCAGUGACGGCGAACGCUUUAUAUCAAGGGAGUCGCCUGAGAAAUUGGUGGAAAAAGUGGAGGAGGUCGCCAAGGCCGAGAAGUUCAGGGUGAAGAGGAAGAAAGAAUGGGGCGUUGAAUUGGAGGGGCAAAAUGGAAGUUUCGCAAUAGCGGUCGAGGUUUACAGGUUAACCGAUGAACUCGUUGUGGUAGAAGCCAAGAGAACAGGCGGCGAUAGCCAAUUCUACAAUGAUACUUGGCACAACAAGAUUAGACCUGCGCUGACGGAAAACCAGGUGGCCGGCGACUGAAAAUCCCACCCCUUGCACGCGUGGUAUGCAACACUCGUACGAGGAGCGCGUGGUUAAUUCGAUUAUAGGUGUACUUCAAUAAAAAAAAAAGAAAAAAUGAAAAAAAAGGAAGAAAAAUGGUGUCUGAAGGAAUACACUAACAAAAGACAGAACUGACUUUUGUCGAGAGCAUGGAUCUUCCAAAUUCGAAGAGAAGUAAAGAUUACUACAAGCAGUUACAAUUAUGUGGUCGUAUGUAUGAUAGUAGCAAUUUGGAAUAAAGAUGAGUGAGGUUGGUGUAAUGGGGUGUUUUGUUUCUUCUUUUCAUGGAUUAACAAAACUCCCUGUCAUAUGUUUUGUUACAAUUAUAUUUCUCUUGUAUAUACUCUUUUUUUGUGUAUAUAAGGGUAGCAAAAAAGGGAAUAAAUAAUGAAAGGAUGGCAAUCUCCAUCAUUUCAUCUGUGUGUCUGUUGUUUUGUUUUCUCUUCUUCGGAGUCAUGGGUGUUUGCCUUUUGUCUUUGUGUUCCUUACUUAAUGUUAUGUGUGUCUUCUAUAACAAUUUUUCUUUUCUGUUGCUUUAC